UCGUUUGUUUGCACCGGUUUCUACUCGUUUGCUUCCGUCACUUGUUCAACCUCAACCAAGCUCCAUAACCACUCGUCUACAUACUGUCUUCCAUUCUCAAGACGUGCACUCAUCAUGAGCGACAACAACACGAAAGAAGAUGGCUCCAAUACCAAAGGCGAUGACCGCACUGGGACUAUUGCAAGUCUCAUCGUCUCGGCUGUGAUCCUCAUGGUCGUCGUGAUCAUGUUGGCUGUCUCUCGUCGCAGGCAACGACGCGCUCCGCAAGCCAUGCCGGUACCCCUUCUACUACCUCUGUACGUCCAGCGUCAAGACGAAGACAUUCGUGGGAACACAUCGCGACCUACCUCGGCGGCCUUCCCUUCGAAUCAUCGAGGAACUCGCUUCCAAGACUAUUAUGUCUACGUCGAGAAUCGGAAUAGGGUUCCUGUCCAAGCACCUGGUCGCGUUCGCCAGUCACACCACUCUCGGAAUAUUCACGCUGAUUAUGAAGACGAGCGAGCAAACUAUUCCAGCCACCAUUCCGAUUCUCCGAAUCGUCACCCCGAGUCUCUCCGCAACCCAGCAUCCCAGCAAGAAGGUAGCGAAUCUGUUGACACGCUUCCACGCUACGACGAGCCGCCUGUGUACAAAACCAAGAGAACAGACAUAGAAAUUGCCUGUUGAUGGGAUGAGAGGCGAUAUUCCUUUGGGCGUUUAUCACGAUGUUUGAUUUGCCAAUGACUGAAAUAGGGAUUCCACACAGCACUUAGCGUCCUAUCAUACAUUUAUGUCUUUCAUUUCCCGAAGUUCAGUCUCUUGGUUCAACAGUGAUGUAAAGACAAGUCCCCU